UUUACGACUUGUGAGAGUUCUGUACACUUUCUGAUCGUAGAAACAAUUGAAUGUUUCAAUAUAUAUUCAUAUAUUUCAAUAUAUAUAUUUCAUUCAAAUUGGCGAGCGGUAGAAAAUCAUUUUGAACGUUCAUUUUGUAGUGGCAAAAAAAACUGACGGAUUUACUCUUCUGGAUUACCGUUUGCAGAGUAAAUUGUGAGAUGAUUUCGUCAGCGAGUGGUCGAAAACUCCUGAUGAGGGAGAUGAUGAGGUCUCCUCCAGCUCGCAAGCCGAAAAAUAUUGAGGACGAAGUGGUGGAAUGUCCCUGCCAAAGACCAAAAAAGCAGUUCAUCUGCUCAAGUUGUGGGUACAUAGGAGAAGGAAGGAUCAGGUCACCUUGUGAUAAACAUGCCAAUGUGAUCUUCAUUAAUGACUUCAGCCGAUGUCCCAUCUGCAAAGCCUACGACUUCAUGCUCCAAGAAUUUUAAAAAUUCGAGGAACCCAUUACGAUAAACCUCAAGGCUCAGAGUUCAGGAUAAGCUUAAGACAAGUUUACUGUUUAUAUCUCAAACACAUUAA